AUGACACGCCACAGCACGCCAUGCCGCGGCACAACACGCCAUGACACGCUACAGCACGCCGCCGCAUGCCGCAACGUGCCGCAGCGUUCCACAAUGCGCCACAAGGCUCCGCGGCGCACUGAAACACGCCACAGGAUGCCACGACACGCCACGACACGCCAUGACACACCACGACACGCCAUGACAUGCCACAACACCCCACGACGUCUCCCACCGCGCCACAUGGACUCCGUGGUUCGCAUCGUGGAAGCCCUCGAGUCGACCGACCCCGGUUUCACCGGCACCGUGCCGGAGCUGGCGCGGGCGCUGGGUGGUUGCAGCACCCCGGGGUGCCGCGCGGUGUUGGGAGAACCACCCGAGGUGCCACCAGCUCCACCGACGCUCAACCACGAGCAGUGGCUGCUCUUCACCCAACUCCUCCACCACGACGCCGCGGCACCCGAGAGCGGCGCGGUGCUGGCACCCGACGGCUCCACCGUCGCCCUCGCUCCCCUCUUUGCCGGCAUCGAGGGUGCCCUCAAGCGGGCGUCGGGGUGGUCCUUCCCCACCACGGAGCCACCCGUCGACGCGCUCUACGCCGUCACCAUCACUGAGGCUUUGGCGACGUCCUUCCUCCUGGCUCGGGAUGGUGAUGGCAACCGAGCCACGCUGGGACCCGGCGGCUGUUGGGAUGACGUGGACGAUCCCCAAAACUACACCCUGUUGGGACCCCCGUCGCCCGUCCCCGAUGCCAUCGCCAACGGGGCGAUGGAUGGGGUGCUGCUGGGUGCCCACCUGGCCCGAGAACCCAUCCCACUCGCCGAACUUCUCCGGGGCUACUACGGGACGGACAACGGCACGGAGAAAGGGCGACCACCCAGCAGUUACCGGCGGAGAGAUUUCGGGGUGUUAACGGGCCCGGGGAAGCUGGAGGAGGAGGUGGCGGCCAUGCUGAGGGUGCUGCGGGUGCUGCCACCCACCCAAGAGCUCUUGGAGGAGGUGGGACCGGAGGAGGUGGUGGCCAUCGCUCGCCAAGCGGCGCGGGACUUCACGGAGGUCUAUGUGGAGUGCCCAGCCAUCGUGCCCCGGUGCAUGUGGGGUGCCCGUCCCUACCGGGGCACCCCCAAACCGUUGACCCUCCCCUUGGGCUCCGUCUACAUCCACCACACCUUCGUACCCAGUGCCCCGUGUCGCACCUUCACCGCCUGCGCCCGCGACAUGCGCGCCAUGCAACGCUUCCACCAGGACACCCGCGGUUGGGAUGACAUCGGCUACAGCUUCGUGGUGGGGUCGGAUGGGUACCUGUACCAAGGCCGAGGUUGGCACUGGGUUGGUGCCCACACCAAAGGCUACAACAGCAAAGGCUACGGCGUGGGCUACGUUGGAGACUUCUCGGCCACCUUGCCGGACCCUGACACCAUCGCCCUGGUGCGGGACUGGCUCCGGCCCUGCGCCGUGCGGACCGGCCGGCUCCACCACAACUACACCCUACGUGGCCACCGCCAGAUGGGACACACCGACUGCCCCGGCAACUCCCUCUUCCACGAGAUCGAGACCUGGCAGGGCUUUGAGAUGGAAGUGGAGAAACCACCGUUGGGACCUGAGCCACCAACUCUACUGAAGACCUACAAAUGGCGAACGGCAGCACCCAUGGGUGACCGGGAACACGAGAAGGACACCGCGUCCCCGGGCAGCCGGCGCUGGACACGGUUGCAAGGAUGGAAACGUUCCUACAGCCCUGGUGCUGGAUGA